GAGGGAAGGGCGGGCGUACGUCCUUGCGUGCGUCUCAGGCAGCGCGCACGCCGGCGUGAGAGGGCACGGGGAAAAGGUGGCUCUGGCCGGGGCGUCUCGGCUUCCUGUGGCUAUGUAGCUGAGCUCGUCGGCUCGGGGUCCUCCUUCGCCGCCACCGCCGCGUCCUAGCGCCGAGUUGCCGCGCGGCAGCGAGCCGGUCCUCAACGCCCGCCGCGCUCCCCUCGACGGCCGAGCUUGCUCGCCCGCCCGUGGGAGCGUCCCGGCCCGAGCAGCCCUGAGGGGGGAGGGGAGGCCAUUUUGUCCCGACCGACUCCCCGGAACCGGGCGGAGCGGCUGGAAAGAGGCUGCGGAGCCGCGGUCGCCGCCCUCGGAGGCACCGGACGCCGCCACGGUCGGGGGCUUGGUCGCCGAGGCCGUUCCGUGGGUCGCCCGCGCCCUCUCGAGCCCCCGUUUUUUUCCCACGCCCGCCGGUGCUCCGGCCCGAGAACGCGCGGCUGAGGAGUUGGCCGUGCGGAGAGACCGCGAUCCCUCGGGGCCGGCGGCGGCGGCGAGCGCCCGGAGCCGCUCCUCCCAAUGGCGAAGAAGACGUACGACCUGCUUUUCAAGCUGCUCCUGAUCGGGGACUCGGGAGUGGGCAAGACCUGCGUCCUGUUUCGCUUCUCGGACGAUGCCUUCAACACCACCUUCAUCUCCACCAUAGGAAUAGACUUUAAGAUCAAAACAGUUGAAUUACAAGGAAAGAAGAUAAAGCUACAGAUAUGGGAUACAGCGGGGCAGGAGCGAUUUCACACCAUCACAACCUCCUACUACAGAGGAGCAAUGGGUAUCAUGCUAGUAUAUGACAUCACCAAUGGGAAAAGUUUCGAAAACAUCAGCAAGUGGCUUAGAAACAUAGAUGAGCAUGCCAAUGAAGAUGUGGAAAGAAUGUUACUAGGAAACAAGUGUGAUAUGGACGAUAAAAGAGUUGUACCUAAAGGAAAAGGAGAACAGAUUGCAAGGGAGCAUGGUAUUAGAUUUUUUGAGACUAGUGCAAAAGCAAAUAUAAACAUCGAAAAGGCGUUCCUCACAUUAGCCGAAGAUAUACUCCGAAAGACCCCCGUAAAAGAGCCCAACAGUGAGAAUGUAGAUAUCAGCAGUGGAGGCGGAGUGACGGGCUGGAAGAGCAAAUGUUGCUGAGCGCUCCCGUUCCUGCAGCCGCCGGCCUCCGCCCCGUUUCUCUUCUUGCUGCAAAAUAAACCGCUCUGACCAUUUUAACUCUAAAUAGAUAUUUUUGUUCCUCAUCUUAACUAUCCAGUCCACCUCUUUUAUUUGUUCUUUCAUCUGUGACUGCUUGCUGACUUUAUAAUUUUCUCCAAACAAACAAAAAAAUGUAAAGAAAAAAAAUCAUGUCCGUGAGUUCCUUUUUAAAUGUACCUGCUCAGUUCAUCCACUGCAUUUCCGUUGUAUUAGAGUCCAGUUCUCAUCAGCACUAAGACCGAUAGCAAUCAUUUCAGCUCUAUUCCGCAAACUGUAUAAGAAUAAAAGUUAGAAUUAACAAUUUUAUUUUGUACAACAGUGGACUUUUCUGUCAUGGAUAAUGUGCUUGAGUCCCUAUAAUCUGUAGACAUGUGAUAGAAACGAAACAAAAGCCAGGAAAACACUCAUUUUCGCCUUGAAUAUGUAAAUGGGGUUAAUUUGUCCUGUGCCUUAUGUGGAAAGAACUUUUGGUUUUUCCCUUUCUUUGUUUUGGCGGAAGCAUGUGCAGGAGACAUAUCACCCAGACAUAAUCCAUGGAGAUGUAUGUGGUCUGCUCGGCUGUAAUUUUCAAAGUAGUUCGUUGAGGACAAAGGGUAAUGCAGAAAUGAUAGCUUGGGUUUGCUGAGUCUCGUUUUUUCAGUGGCCUUGGGAUUUCACAGUAUCCUGCCACCAGUUCUCCUCGUUGGCCACUCUUCCCUGUCUUGUCCUCCUGCAUGCUGCUUUAUUCGCUUCCUCCUCCUCCACGACCACCCAGCGUCGAGUUAUUUAAAAAUUGAAAGAGGGCAAGCUAGGAGGUUUGUUGGACACGAAGCGCUGCUCUGAGCUGCUGAGUGAGCCGAAAGCUUGAUUCUAAGCACUUUCUGUCCGAUGUCAGCUAGUUCGUCUUCCCGGCCUUUUCUCUCGCCAUGCCCAGGUUUCUUCCUUUGCUGAUUCUUCGUGUUCGUCCCUCUCCCUCCCUCUGUUCUCUUCCUGUCUAUUCAUUGAGUUGACGAAAUGGAAGCACUAAUUGCAUGCACUUGUGUUUGGAGGGUGUCGUGGUUUGUCUUGCUCCUUAGGUGUCUAGCCUGGUCACUGCCCGGAGUGAGCCUCUCAGGCGGGAUUCGAGUAGUCGCCGUUUGGAACUCCUCCGACAGUUUGGUAGCCCAGUAAAGGUGGUUUCAAAAAAGCAACAAGGAGGAGUACGAUUUAUUCACUUGUUUGCCAAAUGUAUUGAGAUUUGGCCUUUGAAGAACACUUUUCAGUGUUAUGUUGUCUUUACCUUAAGGAUUAGAACUUCUUUAGAAUGUUCAUUUGAAGUCCUAUCCUUAUAUCCCUUUGGAAAACUUGCUUUGGCAUGGAUUUCAGAAAAAGGACAACAAAAGGCUUGUUAUGUACAGAUAAAAUCUCCAGCUAUCUCGAACCUUGUCCUUUUUCUCCACUUGUUUUUUUUUUUCCCCCGUUUUGUUUCCUUGCUUGUCAUUAGGCUAGUGUAGGUUACAUUCGCUCUGCUGCCUGCAUCCUAACAUGAUACCUCUGUUGGAAUAAUUGUGAAUAGCAUGAUUCAUUUCCAGCAGAGGCGGAGCUGAGGACAGCAGCUUCCAUUGAGAAGUCUCUCGGAGCUGUGGCGAGCAUUUAAAUGACCUCUUGGCUCUCAGAAACAACUUAGGGGCGCAUCUGCUAGGAACAUCCAUGAAUUUUUCAGAUCAUGCCCUAAAAGCAAAUCUGCGUGCCCAAAUGGCGGGGCUUCCUAGAGUGCCGCGGGCUUUCUCCUCUCAUUUGACUUUAGCACUGUUUACUACGAGGAAAAAAGCAGCAUUGCCAAAUAAUCCUAAUUCCCCAUGAAAAGUAAUAAUGAAAUGACGCUUCUUGAAAAGUUUUUGUUUAAACCUAUUGUUGUUAGAUUUUAAUAUGUUUGCUGAUUUCCUUUAUCUGGAAUGUGGCUGUGGUAGAUUUUUUUUUUUUUUUUACCCUCUAAUCCUUAUUCAGUUCAGUGACUUAAGGUUUGAGAACUAAACACUGGGAUUUUUGGGUAACAGACUGACAGUUUGUUUGCAUAAUUAUAAUCGGCAUUGUACAUAGAAAGGAUAUGGCUACCUUUUGUUAAAUCUGCACUUUCUAAAUAUCAAAAAAAGGGAAAUGGAGUAUAAAUCAAUUUUUGUAUAACCUGUUUGAAACAUGAGUUUUAUUCGCUUAAUCUUCGGGUUCUGCCCCUUUUUCUGUAAGUCUCCCUGGAUCCUGUGUAGAAGCUGUUCUCAUCAGACACCAAACAGUUACUUACGUCCAUUCUCUGGUACUGGCUACAGAUUCGGUUUCAUAUUCUCUAUUUCACAAUUUAAAUAAACUCAACUAUUUCUAGAUGGUCUACUUCUGUUCAUAUAAAAACUAAACUUGAUUUCCAA